UUUACCGUCGGUAGGUGGAAGCGAAAUGAGGUGAAUUCUAAUUCCGCCGCGUCGCAAGGGGACACCGGCACACGGCUACCCGUUGGAGUCAGCGCAAAGGUCAAGCCUUCCAGUUUGGAAGAAAAGCAACCAAAGCAUCUUCCACAAUGCUCUCUCCCCCCUUCAUAACAUCACUUCUCUCCUUCUACCGCUUUUCAUGGAGGUCUUGAACCCUUCUCAUCCUCCUCAGCAUCAGCAGUAUGUGGCCGCCAGAGACCCCUUCCAUGGCUACUCGCCCCCUCUCACUCUGACUCUGCCCUUCGCCUUCCAGGAAGCCGCCACCUCUCAACUAACCUACCCCAUGGCAGAAUGCACUGAAUCCGUUUACGUUGCCGUCGGAAAGUCGGUGGACAAAACCGUCCAUUUGCUUCGAUGGACUUUCGGCCGCUUUAGCAACUCACCAAUUUGCAUUCUUCAUGUUCAUCAGCCUUCCUCUAUGAUCCCCACUCUUUUAGGAAAAUUGCCAGCAACCCAAGCAAAUCCUGAAGUUGUAUCUGCUUUUAGAAGAGAGGAAAGAGAUCAAACCACGAGGCUUUUGGAAAAUUACCUGAGCAUUUGCCGUGUAGCUAAGGUUGAGGCAACAAGUGUGAUAGGUGAAGCAGAGCAAGCGCAGAAAGGAAUCAUUGAUUUAAUCAUCAAGCAUGGUGUUAGGAAGCUUGUUAUAGGAGCAGUGCCCGACAAUCGCAUGAAGGUGAGAAGGAAUUCCAAGAAAGCAAAUUAUGCUGCCAAGAAUGCUCCCCCAUUCUGUGAGAUAUGGUUUGUUCACAAAGGUAAACACAUAUGGACAAGAGAAGCUUCUGAAAAUCCUUGUUCCUUCUCUUCACAAUCUCAACCUGAGAUUGCUGCCUCAGGCAGCUUGUUAAGUAGGUCAUUUCAAUACGGUAAGAGUGAAUUACUCAAUAGAUCAAAUUCUGCAAGAACUACAAUCUGCACAGGAAUUGAUAGUUGGUCUCAGGGCGAAAUCUUGGAAACAGAUCCAACUUCUUCAUCAAAAUCAUCCACUUGUGUCAGUCACUGUUCUCCCCAAAAUUCUACCGGGGGUUAUUUGGAGACUUCUUUGGACGUUGAAGAAGAUAUACUUUGUAGUCAACUUACUGAAGCCAAAAUAGAAGUUGAGGCUGCGAGAGAUAAGGGUUUUGCAGAGCUUUUGAAAUGCAAAAGAUUUGAAGCAGAAGCUAUAGAGGCCAUAAAGAAGGUCAAUAUGUUUGAAUCUGCUCGUGCAUAUGAAGUAAAGCUAAGAAAGGAGGCAGAGAAUGAACUGAGAGCCACAUUACAGGAGCAACAAAGGCUCUUGGAUGAGAGUGAAGAAGUUGCUAGUGUGCUACAGAGGACCAUGAGAAAUAUUGCCCUUCUGGACAGUCGUGUACAGGAGGCAAACUGCAGGCAUGAUGAAGCUGCAGAUGAGUUAUUACUAAUUCAAGCAUCCAUCUCAACCCUGUGGCAUGAAAAGCAGCAGAUUAGGCGACAAAAAAUGGAAGCCCACCGCUGGCUUGACCGAUGGAAAAGUCGGGGACAAUUUGGAGUUGCACACUGCCAUGGGUUCAUUGGAUUUGCUGAUGAAUUACCAGAGUUAGCAGAAUUUUCACUGUCAGAUCUUCAAAAUGCUACGUGCAAUUUUUCUGAGAGCUUCAAAAUUGCACAGGGAGGAUAUGGUUGUAUUUAUAAGGGGGAAAUGCUGGGUAGAACAGUUGCUAUAAGGAAGUUCCAUCCACAUAACAUCCAAGGACCAGCUGAGUUUCAUCAAGAGGUUCAAGUUCUUGGUAGUCUUCAGCACCCUCAUCUAUUGACUUUGCUUGGUGUUUGCCCUGAAGCCUGGUCUCUGGUGUAUGAGUACUUACCCAAUGGAAGUCUUCAAGACCUAUUCCGGAAAAAUAACAAUCCCUCUUCGACAUGGAAUAGCCGAGCACGUAUGAUUGCUGAAAUUGCUAGUGCUCUUUGCUUUUUACACACUUCCAAACCUAAAACUAUUGUCCAUGGUAAUCUAAAGCCUGAAACGAUACUUCUUGACUCUGCACUUCGUUGCAAGAUAUGUGGAUUUGGGUUCUGCAGACUGUUGACAGAGGAGUCACUCUAUCGUCCCAGUUUCAGAUUCAGCACUGAGCCAAAGGGUACUUCAGCAUACACAGAUCCAGAGCUUGAGAGGACUGGAAUACUAACACCGAAGUCUGAUAUCUAUUCCUUUGGACUUAUCAUUUUGCAACUCCUCACUGGCAGGACUAUUCCAGUUGGGUUAGCUGGUGAAGUGCGCAAGGCAGUCUCAUGUGGAAAAUUGUCUUCAAUUUUGGAUUCUUCAGCUGGAGAAUGGCCUCCAGCUGUGGCAACACAAUUGGUUGAACUAGGACUGCAAUGCUGUCAGCAAAAUGGCAGAGAUAGACCAGAGCUAACACCUACUUUAGUGAGGGAAUUGGAGCAAUUGCAUGUUUCAGAAGAUCGACCAGUGCCAUCAUUUUUCUUGUGUCCUAUCCUUCAGGAAAUAAUGCACGAUCCCCAAGUUGCGGCAGACGGAUUCACUUACGAAGGGGAAGCCAUUCGUGAAUGGCUGGAAAACGGUCAUGAGACUUCUCCCAUGACUAAUUUAAAAUUGAGUCACCUCCAUCUCACGCCCAAUCAUGCACUUCGUCUUGCGAUCCAAGACUGGCUUUGCAAAUCCUGAAGUUCGUAUUGACUUAUUUAUAUAUUUUGCAAAUAUCUGUAAAUGUUAGUUUUGCAUUCCUUUGCUUUACUGCAUCCCAGAUCCAUCAAUCUGACAUAUUGUACAUACAGAGUUGCCAUGAAAGAUUCUCUAGUUUAUAGAACUAUUUAGCGAA